CGUUUCAAUGCGUACACAUUACAACUUUCAACUUUAAAUACAAACUAUCAACCUUGUUCAUCAAAUAGCAUUAACUAGUUUCUAGUUAGCAAAAAUGGUACGAUCAAAAACACUAGUCAACUUAAAUGGUGAACAACUAUCCUUUACUUUUGUAAUUUUUCUAGAGUUUUGUACAUCGAUUGUGGCAAUAUGCUCCGGAGGAAGCCUACUCUACCAUCUAAGUUCCGGUUGCACGGGCUUUCGAUACCUAGGGAUGACAUUAGUGGUGAUCGGGGCUACACUUUUAAUUCUCAGUUUUACAAAUUUCUUAUUGUAUCGUAAACCUGAGAUUUCCAUAGCCAAGUCCAUAUGUUGCUCGGUGCCUUUGAUCCUUGCCCUACUCGGCUUAGGGAUCUUCGCGUUGGUGGUGAGCAGUAAAGGAGGAGGAAAGUCGAUACCCGGGCAAUCGUACAAGGAGUAUCGUGUAGAGUCGUACUCUAAGUGGAUGCAAAACAAGGUUGAGAAAAAUUGGGAUGAAUACUAUAAGAAGGUUGUUGUUGAGAAUAAAGGACUUGUGUGCAAUGCGCUUGCUGAUGUAUUAGGAAUUGAUCACGCUUUGACGUCUGGUUGUUGCAAGCCCCCAGAAAAUUGUAACUUCAAUAACACAAACCCAAAAGUUUGGGUAAAGCCAGCAAACAGUAAUGGUAACUACUCCGAAGAUGACUGCAAUAGAUGGGAUGAUGAUCCGAACACCUUAUGCUUCAACUGCCGAUCAUGUAAGGCCGGUUUCCUCGAAGACGUUACGAGUCACUGGUUUUUCGUAUGCAUAAUUUUACGAGUCACUGCAAUAGACGUUACGAGUCACCACGAUUGGAUGUAGUUUUUCGUAUCGAUUAUUGAGGCCAACCCCAGCGAUAUUGAAAACCACUACCAAAGGUUAAGGCAACGGGGGAUAUUGUAUCGAAUGACUAUUCAUUGGGAAUUAAAGUUUUUUGUUGCAAU